UAAAUCAUUGGGUGUGGGGUUUGGGCUGAGAGGAGCUGUAUAGAAAGUGACUUGUGCUUCUUCCACCUCUCCUAUUCAUUCUUCUUCUUCCUUAUCUCUACCUUCGUCUACUUCUUCUUCAUCUUUCAUUGGUUUCUAGAGAGAGAGAGAGAGAGAGAGAGAGAUUCAGAUAGAUGGGAAACUGUCAGGCUAUUGAUGCUGCAGCUCUGGUGGUACAACAUCCAAGUGGGAAGAUAGAGAGGAUGUAUUGGCCCAUCAGUGCAAGCGAGGUGAUGAGAUUGAACCCUGGUCACUAUGUUUCUUUGAUCAUUCCAUUGCCGGUUUCUGAUCAACAUCAGGAAGAGGUAGAGAGCCAGGAGCACAACAAGACUGUGCGUUUCACUCGUGUUAAGCUUCUUAGACCCAACGAAACUCUUGCUCUUGGCCAUGCCUAUCGGCUGGUCACAACUCAAGAGGUUGUGAAGGUGCUGAGGGCAAAGAAGUACGCAAAAACAAAGAAGCAGCAGCUGGAAACACUUGAGAAGUUGCAAGCAGGGCAAGAGAAACAGAGUUCAGGUCGUGAUGAGGCAGAAGAAGGGAAGUCUGAGAAGGAGAAUAUCAACCAUGCAACAAAACGCGAAAGGCACCGACCCAGGACGGCGAAUGCUGCUGCUGCUGCUGCCGCUGCUGCUGCCGCACUGAGGUCAAAGUCUUGGCGCCCCUCAUUGCAGAGCAUCUCUGAGGGUGUGAGCUGAUCAAUGGUUCAAAGUUUCAGUAGCAAAAUGCAGAGUAGGCAGUAGAGUGAGUGUAAAAUGGACUGGCUCCUUCAGUUUCAUCAUAUCCAGGUGCACACAAUCCUGGAGCGUGGAAAAAUAGAUUGAAAACCAAAAAUUCAUGGAGUUUGGGCACCAAGUUUUCUAAUCCAAUGUCAACCACAACCACAGAUCCCCAAUUCAACCCAUGUUCAAAGCAAUAAGACAUCAUCAUCAUGUAUAGCAACACAAAAACCAAUGAAUCUGACAUUGUAUUAGAAGUGUGAGUUUUGGGUCUUUACAACUUUUUGUUUUUGAUAUAAAUA